AUGGCAGAUUCCUUCGACUACAGCCUCGUCGGCCAGCUUCAGGCCCAGCCGGCGGCCGCCUGGCGGGACGACCUGCCACCGUACGACUUUGGCGAUGCGCACGGGUCGGCCGCCGAGCUGAUUGUCGACAGCAGGCUGCAGUCGUUCCGUUUGGGCACAGGUGCCUCUAUUUUUGUGUCGGCACUGCUGCCAGCGAUGCUGGUCGCACGGCAUGAGAUCAUCGUGGUGACGUGCUUCUGGGCGCCGUCCAAGAGUCUGGAGGGCCUAUCUGCCGCCCUCGCACGUCUGGCUGCCACCCGUCGAGAACAACAGCGACAGCAGGGGCCAGGUCCAUCAUCAAAAUCUACUCUCCGCAUCCGCAUAUGCUUUUCGUCACGGACUCUCGUCCAGAAGCUGCUCCACACCGCCUCGGCUGACGGCUGCGUCUACCCGGCCGCUACCUGGUCAUCACAGCUCGGCCUGCCACCGGCCACCGUUCUGCACGAAGCCGGCAUCGAUCUAGCCGUCAAGAGCCUCUUUUUUCGCCCGCUCAGCGUCAUGCAUCCCAAGAUGGUCCUCAUCGACCGCCAUCGCGCCUUCUUACCCAGCUGCAACAUCAGCUGGGAGCCCUGGCUCGAGGGCUGCGUUGAGCUCACCGGCCCCGUCAUCCGCCCGCUGCUCUCUUUUUACGCUCGCACCUGGGGUGAUGACCUGCCACCACUCGAGGUACUGUCUGGUGCUGUCGAAGCCGGCGAUGUUGCUGAGUCAGCAGAAACGGCCCCCAGCGCUUGCGCAACAGCCGACACCCGUUCGACAACCACCAUAUCCCCCCUGGACGUUGACGGCCCUGGAAGCAUUGUUGUCGGCUUCAGCCCAGAUGCUGCCCCUAUCCACACCAUGGUUCUGCCCUCGUCUCACCAUUGCAACCCCGCCUUCCGCCCGUUCCCAUGGCAGCACGCACCUCCGCCGCCUCCAACUCCGCUCAACUUGGCGCUGUUACAGCUCUUCGAGACCGCCCGGAAGAACAUUUUCGUCCAGACCCCGAACGUCACCUCCCAGCCCGCUGUCACAGCUUUGUUGAAUGUCCUGUCCCGUGGCGUCGACGUCGAUAUCGUGACCGGCCGCAGCAUGAUGGUGUUGGAGCAGCUUGUGACCUCUGGUACCACCACUGCCCGCUAUCUCCGCGGCUGGAUCCGGCGUUACGAGGCCCUGCGUCCGGACACAUUGUGCGGAAAGCUUCGUAUCUGGUACUUCCACCCUCUCCGGCGCGCCUCUGUCUCUGUGGAACGUCCAGUCGCCGUUGGGGACGAAGAGCAGGCCAUUCUCCCUGCGGUGACAGCAACAUCAACAAACGAAUCAGGCUUUGCAGUCGACUCAGACGAGCCCGUCCAGUCCCAUCUCAAGCUGACCAUUGUUGAUGGCGAGCACACCGUCCUGGGAUCCGGAAACAUGGACCGUGCCAGCUGGUUCACCAGCCAAGAGCUCGGCAUUCUCUUUCACGACGCCGCCGUUGCUUCUGCCGUCCGGACUGCUGUUGACCGUGUCCUCGAUGGCCGUCUAGAGCCGAUGUAUCCAUCCGCGCACGCAAGCUGA